ACCAAACUCAAGCUUUUGCAUUCGAGUCAAACGAGGAGUGGUGUCUUGGAACUCACAAACCCAACUCGAGCAAUUGACCAGAUGACUAGCAUUGAAACUAUAACCGAAUUUCCGAUUUCAACAACAACGACCGGACAACCGGGCUCGACACCCUGAUCGCGAAAAGAUGAACUAUCUCAUUCGCUUCUCCCAGUCUCACGAGACGUUCCGUCUCCCUGAGAUUCAAUCCCUGGCCCUAAUCGAGGGAAUUGACAUGAAGGUCAUAUUCUACAGUCUUGAAUCCCCUUUCUGCGUCGUCAACCUUCCCUCACCCGACGCCGCAGCCCGCCUAAUCCGCCGCUCCAUCCUCGCCAUGUCUAUCCACGAGCUGUGGGGCUCCGGUCCGGACCUGUCCGCCGUGCACGCCGCCGUGCAGGCCACCACGCGCCACCUCUGGUCGCGGUACAUGAUUUGUUCCUUCAAAUUCACCAUCGACUCGUACCAGGGCUCGCGCAGCGCCGAGGACAAGGUCCGCAUCAUCAACUCGUUCGCCUACCUCGGCUUCGCCGGGCCAAUCCAGAUGCGCCGCCCGGACGAGGAGUUUAUCUUGUUUGAGGACUGGGAGUUCAACUCGACGCCGCUGGGCAUCCCGGACCCCAAGUACUACUACUUUGGGCGCUACCUGGCGUCCGGGGCUCGGGACCUGCCCAAAAAGCUAGACUUGAAGAAGAGGCGGUACAUUAGCACGACGUCCAUGGACGCUGAGCUGGCGCUGGUGACGGCCAACCUGGUGCUGGCGGUGCCCGGGAAGGUCAUAUAUGACCCAUUUGUCGGGACGGGCAGCUUCCCGAUUGCGUGCGCGCAGUUUGGGGCUCUGACGUUUGGGAGUGAUAUUGAUGGGAGGAGUAUCAGGGGGGAUGAGAAGAAGAGGACUUUGAGGGCCAACUUUGAGCAAUACGGCUUGCUUGCCGGGUUAGGGGGAAUGUUUACAGCGGACUUGACAAACUCGCCUAUUAGGAGGGCAGAGUUAAGGUAUGACGGAGAUGGCGUUACAGGGAGGUUAUUCGAUGGCAUUGUGUGUGAUCCGCCGUAUGGGGUAAGAGAAGGGUUGAGAGUACUGGGGGUCCGUGAUCCGGAGAAGUGUCCAUGGGUGAUACCCAAGGGCAAGGAGAUGUACAAGAACCCCGACUUCAUCCCGCCAAGGAAGCCCUACAGCUUCCUUGCCAUGUUGGACAGCAUCUUGCAGUUCUCAGCCCAAACACUCGUCGACAAUGGGCGGCUAUCAUUUUGGAUGCCUACCGCCAACGACCAGAACCAGGAGAUACCAGUGCCGAAGCACCCUUAUCUCGAAAUAGUCUCAGUUUGUACACAGACCUUCAACAAGUGGUCCCGCCGCCUCAUCACGUACCGGAGGAUCCCUGACAGAGAAGUAGAUCAAGAGGCAAUGAAGGCGAGAGAGGAGAUGAAACCUGUGGGCAAGACAGCUGACGAGCUGAAUCCCUUCCGCAAGGCCUACUUCAGCAAAUUUGAGCCAGUCGAUGGAGGAUUUAACGAUGCGCCUUAGAUACCCAUAUCCCGUUUCGGAUGUACAAUAAAACGCUCCGCAUUCAACCCGGCGUUUGCGCCGCCCC